CUGCUGGAACCAGCCCGGCUGCGGGAAGCAGCCGCGGCACUGCGGCCCACGCCGCCCUGCGAGUCGCUGGUGUCACGGCACCACGGCGCGCUGCUGCGCUGGCUGGAGGAGCGGCUGGGCCGCGGCGAGGAGUCCGUCACCCUGGAACAGUUCCGGGAGCUGCUGGAGGCGCGCGGCGCUGGCUGCUCCGGAGAGCAGUUCGAGGAGGCCUUUGCCCAGUUCGAUGCUGAGGGUGAUGGGACAGUUGAUGCUGAGAACAUGUUGGAAGCCCUCAAAAAUUCCAGUGGAGCCAAUCUUCAGGGGGAGCUGAGCCAUGUCAUAAGACAACUACAAGCCUGCUCUCUGGUUCCAGGUUUCAUAGACAUAUUUUCAGAGUCAAAGGAGGGUCUUGGUGUUCACUCAUCAAUGAUACUGCGCUUCCUGCAUCGCAAUCGAAUCUCUAGCAUGGUAAUUCCCUAUCCAAUGUUGGACCACUGCAAUAACAUGUGUACCAUGCGGUCCUCAGUCCUGAAGGAGUCUCUGGAUCAACUAGUACAAAAGGAGAAGGAAAACCCUGGAGAGUUAACCAGAAGCCCUGAGAUGGAUAAACUCAAGUCAGUAACAAAAUGCUAUGCUUAUAUAGAGACAUCCUCCAACCCUGCAGAUAUUGACAAGAUGACAAAUGGAGAAACAUCAUCCUACUGGCAGUCAGAUGGUAGUGCACGUUCACACUGGAUUCGGUUAAAAAUGAAGCCAGAUGUGGUACUUAGGCACUUGUCCAUUGCUGUGGCUGCCUCUGACCAGAGCUACAUGCCACAGCAAGUGACAAUAGCCGUGGGAAGGAGUGCUAGUGAUCUCCAAGAAGUCCGAGAUGUGCACAUCCCCAGCAAUGUGACUGGCUACGUGACCUUGUUGGAAAAUGCCAACAUCAGCCAGCUCUAUGUCCAGAUUAACAUAAAACGUUGUCUUAGCGAUGGAUGUGAUACUAGAAUUCAUGGUCUGAGGGCUGUUGGCUUUCAGAGAGUUAAAAAGUCUGGAGUCUCAGUCUCAGAUGCCUCUGCAAUAUGGUAUUGGUCUCUGUUGACAUCUCUGGUGACAGCUUCAAUGGAGACAAACCCUGCAUUUGUCCAGACAGUGCUGCAUAAUACCCAGAAGGCGCUGCAGCAUAUGCCUCCACUUUCUCUCUCACCAGGAUCUGCAGACUUCUCAACUUUCUUAUCUCCCAAUGUUCUGGAAGAAGUGGACAGCUUCCUCAUAAGGAUAACUAGGGUAGAAGGUAAACCUCUUCAGUUGACUCUUCAGGCUUGUGAUGUCAAAGGAAAAGAAGACAAGUCAGGACCUGAAAACCUCCUUGUGGAACCAUGGACAAGGGAUGGUUUUCUUACAGAGACUGGAAAAACCAGAGCAAGUACUAUUUUUUCUACAGGAACUGAGUCUGCCUUCCAAGUUACACAGAUAAGAAUUAUGGUUCGACGUGGUGGUAUUGGUGCUCAAUGUGGGCUGGUAUUUGCUUAUAACUCAUCUUCUGAUAAAUUUAAUGCAGAAGAACAUUUCAAACGCUUUGAAAAAUAUGACAGAUGGAAACUUCAGGAGCUCAGGCAAUUUGUAAAACACAGGGCUGGCUGUUCAUCUGAAGACCUUGGAGAAGGUGUUCCUAUUGGCUGGGUUGAGCUAGAAGAAGAGAGGGAUGAAACAGAUGUCAAACUGCAGCAGUGCCGAGUUGCCAAAUAUUUGAUGGUGAAGUUCCUGUGCACCCGUCAGGAAUCAGCAGAGCGCUUGGGAGUGCAAGGCUUGAGCAUCAGUGGGUACCUUCGGCCUGCAAGAGCAGAAGCAGAGCAAAGUAUCCUCUGUGCCCACUGCAAGAAGGAUACAGAGAGUGCUUGUGGUGCCACCCUGCUCCUCAGGACCCUGCAGUUCAUCCAACAGCUUGCUCAUGACCUGGUGCAACAAAAAAAAAGUGGCUUAAAAUAUAAAUCUUUUCUGGACUUCACGGGUCUUGAUUUACAGAUCUUCUGGAAGUUUUACAGUAAACUAAAACAAAGCCCAAGAGAAGAGUGCAUCUGUGCCCAAACCCUGCUACUGCAGCUUCUGCAGAGUUGCUUUUCAGUGCUGCAGGGAGAUGUGCCUACUGCCUCUGAGGAGGGGAAGCCUCCAGCUCAGCAUCCGGAGAGAGUACAGGCUGCCAAGGAGCUCUAUACACACUUAUGUGAUGUGGUAGAUAAGGUAGAUGGAGACUCAGUACUUGUGGAGAUUCUAAAGCAAGAAGUUAAGAAAACCCUUCUCAAUGGGGCUGCCAUAUUCUUUCCUGAUCGACAGACCCGCCGGAACCAUCUCUUCACUAUGAUGAAGAAUAUUACUGAGCAAGAACAUAAGCAGUCCCUGCAGCUCACAUUCCAUUCACUGUGCACAUACUUUAGUGAUAAAGACCCAGGUGGCCUUCUACUUUUACCUGAGAAAAGUGACCUUGCUGGCAUGAACAUUGGUGAAGUCCUAGCUGUCAUGAAUACCCUCCUUUCUGUGGCUGCUCGAGAGUGUGAGCUGUUGAUGCUCAGUGAGGCACCAGGGGAAGUUGGCUCUGUGCUCUUUUCUCUGUUCUGGUCUGUGCAAGGGAGUCUGCUCUCCUGGUGCUAUCUGCAACUGAAGAGCACAGACUCUGGAGCCAAAGAUCUUGCUGUUGAUAUUAUUGAAUAUGUGGGACAGUUUCUGGCAAGCAUGAGAGUGAUUUUGGAAUCCCUUUUGUCACAGUAUAGUGGAAAAACCAUAGUAGAAAAACUGUGUAAUUCAGUGUUUUCCAUGGCAGCUCGUCAACUGGUCAUCUUUCUCCUAGACUUCUGUUCUUUGGACAUUUCACACUGUACUCUCUUGAGAGAGUUCAGUACCUUGACAGAGCUGUUGAAGAAGCUCUGCAAUGACCCUGAAGGAGGACUGAGCAAGCUGGAUGUUGAGACCUGGCAGCAGGAACAGCCUGUGGUACUACAUACAUGGACCAAGGAAUCUGCCCAUAACUAUGAAAAUAACUGCCAUGAAGUAUCUGUCUUUGUUAGCCCAGGGGCAACCUAUUUUGAAGUGGAAUUUGAUGAGAGGUGUGAAACUGAAAAGCGGUAUGAUUAUCUGGAAUUUACAGACUCUAGAGGUGGGAAGACACGCUAUGACACAAAAGUUGGUACUUAUAAGUGGCCUAAGAAAGUGACCUUUAAGGAUGGUCCUCGGCUUCAAUUCCUCUUUCAUUCUGACAGCAGCAAUAAUGAGUGGGGCUACAAAUUCACUGUCACUGCCUACGGCCUGCCUGAUGUUGCCGUGUCUUGGGGGUUAGACUUGCAACUCCUUGUCUCUCGACUAAUGGGCCGCCUUGCCUCCCAGUGUAUGGCACUCAAGUCUGUGCAUCAGUUAGGCAGUAACCUGGCAGUACCACAGGCAAAAAUGGCUUCAGUACUGAACUCCCCAUUGUGGAAACCUGUCUUCAGGCAUCAGAUUUGUCCAGGGUUGGAAUUAGAAGCAAGCUGGCCCACUCACCUACAUCAGAAUGAGAAGGAGGUUAAGAAAAUCCCUGACGAUCCCUGCCGGCGUUUUCUCCUUGAUUUUGCCCAGUCAGAGCCUGCUCAGAACUUCUGUGGGCCAAAUUCAGAACUGUUCAAAGGAUUCAUACAGGCAUGUAGAAAACAGGCCCCAAAGACAGAUAUAGUUGCUGGUUCCACUAUUGAUCAAGCUGUGAACGCCACCUUUGCUGCUCUGGUGUAUCGCACUCCAGAUUUAUAUGAGAAGCUGCAAAAAUAUGUAAAUAGCGGGGGCAAGAUAGCCCUGAGUGAAGAGUUUGCACAGGUGUAUUCCCUGGCAGAUGGGAUUCGAAUAUGGAUGUUAGAGAUGAAGCAAAAGUCCCUGAUGAGCCUAGGGAAUGAGGCUGAAGAAAAACUCAGUUCAGAAGCUGUAGAGGCGAACCCAGAGAGCCUAGCAAAAGAAUGUAUUCAGAAAAGUCUUCUGUUACUAAAAUUUUUGCCCAUGGACAAAAGUUCAGAAGAAACCUUUGACAAGUUGGUGACUGUCAAUGAAACCGAUCAUCUCCAGCCACUAGACAGGCACCAGAGGACAAGCUCUGUGGUAGAAGAGCAUUUCCAAGCCUCAGCAUCUCCCACAGAAGCAGGCCCCUCAACUGCCGGAGACAACAGUCCUGACUGGGAGGUCCCAUCAAAGCUGCCACCAAGUAGUGGGCCUCCCUCUGCAGAAGUGCCCACUGCUGAGGAGCCCUCCUCACCUUCCACACCUACCCGGCGGCCACCCUUCACCCGAGGGCGACUCCGGCUACUCUCUUUCAGAUCCAUGGAAGAAGCCAGACCACUGCCUACAGUAAAAGAGAAAUAUCCAGUGUUGAAGGAUGCCAUGGACUUCAUUAAAGAUCAAUCACUCUCAUAUGACAGUGUUGUAAAGGUUCUUUCCUUAAAGAAAGCCCAAGCCAAGAGCAUCCUGGAAGCCCUGAGGGUAAUUCAGUACUGUACAGAAUCCCUAGGACAGCCUCACUGCUUUCAUCCACCAUAUGUUCUUUUCCUGUUGGAACUUCUGACCUGCCAGAAAGAUUUUACCAAUUAUUUUGGACACUUGGAAGGCUGUGGUGCUGACCUACACAAAGAAAUUCGAGAUACUUACUAUCAACUUGUUCUCUUUUUGGUCAAAACAAAGGAUUUAGUAACAUAAAAGAGAUACUGGAUUACUUUGGAUAGAUCUUUGUUGCCUGCCUUAUUGUGCAUUCAGACAGCCCUACUUCAUCUUUUGGAUAUGGGCUGUGAACCUUGUGAUCUUGCCUUCUUUGUUGAUAUUCAGUUACCAGAUCUCCUAAUGAAAAUGUCACAAGAAAAUAUCAGUGUCCACGAUAGUAUGAUCAGCCAGUGGAAUGAAGAGGAUGAGCUUGCUGAUGCCAAGCAGAAUUCAGAAUGGAUGGAUGAGUGUCAGGAUGGCAUGUUUGAGGCCUGGUAUGAAAAAAUAGCUCAGGAGGAUCCAGAGAAGCAGAGGAAAAUGCACAUGUUCAUUGCUCGUUACUGUGACCUGCUAAAUGUGGACAUCUCUUGUGAUGGAUGUGAUGAGAUUGCUCCCUGGCACCGCUACCGGUGUCUUCAAUGCAGUGACAUGGAUCUCUGCAAAACUUGCUUCCUAGGUGGAGUGAAGCCUGAAGGCCAUGGAGAUGACCAUGAAAUGGUCAACAUGGAGUUUACCUGUGACCACUGCCAGGGUUUGAUCAUAGGCCGAAGAAUGAACUGCAAUGUGUGUGAUGACUUUGAUCUUUGUUAUGGAUGCUAUGCAGCAAAGAAAUAUUCCUAUGGCCAUUUGCCUACCCAUAGCAUCACAGCCCACCCCAUGGUGACCAUCCGGAUCAGUGACCGCCAGAGGCUCAUCCAGCCAUAUAUCCACAACUACUCCUGGCUGCUCUUUGCUGCCUUGGCUCUCUAUAGUGCCCAUGUGACCAGCACAGAGGACAUGGAUGGGGAGAAACUGGGUCCUCAGGCCCGCAGCAGUGCCGCCAUCCUUCGGAGCCAGUGCAUGCAGCUGGUCGGGGACUGUCUGAUGAAGGCUCACCAGGGCAAAGGUCUUAAAACUCUAGCUCUUCUUGGUAUACUGCCAGAUGGUGACUCUACUCCAGAACACCAGGCUCUGCCAAUCACAGUGUCAACGCCGACAUCAGAGGAGCAGCUAGAGAAGAAAACUGUCCAUCCCACUCAGCAGCUGUCAGAGACAGGCUCAUUAGUGCAGUGCAAUGGAGAGAUGUGGGGAGAUGAAUACGCUAGACUCUUGUGGAAAAACCUACAUUCAGGGCAAAAAGUGCACAAUGAGCAAAAGCCCCAGAACAACACAGGAGAGAAACCUUUUUGGCAAGUGUAUAGCAAUGGAGCAGAAUAUGAGAAGAUGGAAUACUGCUGCUAUGAAGGACUUUGUUGUCAAAGCCCAAGCUGUCUGCCUGGGAAAUUUCAACCUCUCAGCCUGGCAGAGGAUAGAAAUACACCAUCAGGAUGGCGAUUUUAUGCUGAGAUUUCAGAAUCGUCAUCUCAGAAGCCAAUAGAGGAAAAAGCAGUUACUCCAAAUCCUGAGCAAGUGUUUGCUGAGUGUUCCCAGAAGAGGAUUUUAGGACUGCUAGCAGCCAUGUUACCUCCAGCAAAGUUGGGUCCAACACUCCCCCUGAUAGACCUGGAGCAUGUCCUCCCACUGAUGUUUCAGGUUGUCAUCUCCAAUGCAGGACACUUGAAUGAAACCUACCACCUCACUCUGGGACUUCUUGGCCAGUUAAUCAUCCGUCUUUUACCAGCAGAGGUAGAUGCUGCAGUGAUCAAGGUCCUUUCAGCCAAACACAACCUGUUUGCUGCAGGAGACAGUUCCAUUGUGCCAGAUGGUUGGAAGACCACUCAUCUACUUUUCAGCCUCGGAGCUGUGUGCCUGGACAGCCGGGUGGGCUUGGAUUGGGCGUGCUCCAUGGCAGAGAUUCUGCGGUCACUCAAUAAUGCCCCGCUUUGGCAAGAUGUCAUUGCUACCUUCACAGACCACUGCAUCAAGCAGCUGCCUUUCCAGCUGAAGCAUACCAACAUCUUUACCCUGCUGGUUCUGGUUGGCUUCCCUCAGGUUCUCUGUGUGGGAACUCGCUGUGUUUAUAUAGAUAAUGCCAACGAGCCCCAUAAUGUUAUCAUCUUGAAACAUUUCACUGAGAAGAACAGGGCUGUGAUUGUUGAUGCCAAAACUCGGAAAAGGAAAACAGUGAAAGACUACCAACUGACUCAGAAGGGAGGAGGACAAGAAUGCAAUGACUCUGAGACCCAGCUGAGCCAGUAUUCCCAGCACUUCGCCUUUAUUGCCAGUCACCUUCUGCAAACCAGCAUGGAUAGUCAUUGCUCUGAGGCAGUGGAAGCAACGUGGAUUCUGUCCCUGGCCCUCAAAGGUUUAUAUAAAACACUAAAGGCUCAUGGUUUUGAAGAGAUCCAUGCAACCUUUCUUCAGACUGAUCUGCUGAAGCUGUUAGUGAAAAAGUGCAGCAAAGGGACUGGCUUCAGCAAGACAUGGCUCCUCCGGGAUCUGGAAGUAAGGAACAAGGCACCACCUCCUUCCACUGCUAUCCAGCUGGCUCUGCGUGCUCAUUCCUAUUCUGUGCAGCUUUUAAACUGUACCUUGCUUCUGUCUUCCCUUCCAGAAUUAAAGAUUCUGACACCUUUCCUCCCCUACCAGGAAAAAAUUCUGCAGAAGGUUCUCCAGGGCUGCCGAGAGAACAUGCUGGGGACCAUGGCUCUGGCUGCCUGCCAGUUCAUGGAGGAGCCCGGAAUGGAGGUGCAAGUGAGGGAAUCCAAACACCCAUAUAAUAACAACACCAGCUUUGAGUUUCAUCAGACACACCUCAGUUGCUUUCCCCUGUUGCCCCUGUGUCCUGCAUUUUCUCUACUUCUUCAUGACCCAGGAGAUACUCUGUAUUACCGAUUCACCUCUGACAUGAGCAACACUGAGUGGGGCUACAAAUUCACUGUGACAGCCGGACACCUAGGACGGUUCCAAACAGGAUUCGAGAUUUUGAAGCAGAUGUUAUCAGAAGAAAGGGUUGUGCCUCACCUCCCAUUGGCCAAAAUUUGGGAAUGGCUGGUGGGCGUAGCCUGCCGCCAGACUGGUCAUCAGAGACUAAAGGCCAUCCAUUUACUGCUGAGAAUUGUGCGAUGCUGCACACACAGUGACCUUUGUGACCUGGCACUGUUGAAGCCGCUGUGGCUGCUGUUUACCCACAUGGAGUACAGCCUGUUUGAGGACGUGACACAGCCUGGCAUCCUGCUCCCCCUGCAUCGGGCCCUCACUGAGCUUUUUUUUGUCACCGAGAACCGUGCCCAGGAGCUUGGCUUGCUGCAGGAGUACCUGCUAGCCUUAACCACUGAUGACCACCUUCUUCGCUGUGCAGCCCAGGCUCUGCAGAAUGUUGCUGCCAUCAGCCUGGCCAUCAACUACCCAAACAAGGCCACCCACCUCUGGAAUGUCGAGUGUUAACCUCACUGUGGCUGUGACGUUCAUGGACUUGAUAAUCUGUCCACAGGGGUUCAAAGCUAGACCUCCAGCCUCACUGAGAAAAAAA